AUGGCCUCUAUGGCCGCAGCAACUUCGACACCGACGAGCUCUCGGGCUCACUCUAAGCCAAGGUCGAGAUCUCGACCAGCUCGACGCCGACGAAACUCGUCGCCCGCCCCGCCAUCCUCCCCACCGGGACUGCCCACGCCCGCGUUUUCACCCGAUGGACCCAGUGACUUGGAUGAUGAAUUCAUAGAUGAAGAUACGCUAUCGCCCUUUGAUGCUCGCAGAAUCACACCCACCUUGCAUGCCUCGCUGGUGUCAGAAAUCCUCAACCUGCGCCGCGAAGUGGAGAACAAGACCAAAGCGAUCGAUGUCCUCGAGCAAAGCUUGGAUCAAUCAAGAACGGAAAGCGAAACUCUGGGCGAGAACCUGUCCAAGGCGACUCGCGAGACGCGCUCUCUCAAGCAUCAGAUUCAGCUACUGGAGGGCGGCACCUCAUCGGCACUGACAGAAUUGGCUCGUGAGCGGGAUGAAGCAGUGGAGAAUAUCAGUGAGGUUCGCAGAAAGCUGGAACAGACGCAAAAACGAGCUCGAAGCCGCGAACAAGAAGCCGAGCGGACCCAAAUGCUCUGGGAUCGCGAUCGCGAGACUUGGGACAAUGAGCGUCGCAAUCUGGAACGCAAAGUUCACGUGGUGGAAGGCCGAUUGAAAACUGUGCUGGGCGAAUUUGCGGCCGUGCGAGAAGCGCAGAGACAGCCCUCGUCUUCGACGGACUACCGCGAUCCCGAAAACGAUAAGACGAGAGGAAGCGACACAGCAAGUGUGGCAUCAAGCAGUCAAGGUCGACGACGCACUAGCAUGACAAGUGUGUCGACGGACGAGGGACAUGCUAUCCAAUACUCUCACGCCCGGUAUUCGGUCAUGGGCAAGGGGGAUUCAGGACUGAAUUUGGCCCAGGAGCUUGCUUUUGAUGAGGACGAGGACAAUUUUGUUCCUUCUGACGACGACGACGACUAUAUUCCUAGCUCUCCUGAAGAGCUUCCCGAGGAACGACCACUGUCAGUUCACUCGGCAGCAUCGCACGACAUCUCGUGCAAAGCGAGAAAGAUUUUGGGUCUAUCCAUGCAAAGCAAUACCUCUGCGACCGCCGCUGAGUUCCGCGCAGUAGAAAUGGCAACUGCUUCGAAACAAGCAAAGGUACCUCUACAGUACCGCGAUACAGGGAUCCAAUAUUCAUUGCCACCGUCACCAAGGUCAAUGGCUAACUCUGACGAGGUUGGAUCUGUUCCGCCAGAAGAUAUGAACCUUGAUGAUACCGUCAUAGAUGACUUCCAGGAGGUCAGAAUGAGAGACUCGUCAACACUGACAAUCAAGAUUGGUAUGGUUUCAAGUUCUUGUCAGACCAGUGGCGAACUACCCAGUCCGCCCUGGACACCAAAAGUGCCAGAAUUGCCCGCCGAUGUGACAGCGGUUGCAGCUAGGACUGAGUCGUCAAGCAUGACAUCGACUUCGACUCAGACCGAGAGUGGGCCGAAGGUCGAGCCUAGUCAACCCCCAUCGGCGAGGUUGAGUCCGGAAAUUUCUCCGUCACAGAUGGCGAUUCCUAUGAUUGCCAUUCAUCCGCCUGGCUCUGAGCCCCCUUCGCCUCGAAAUAGUGUGGUUCUCCCCCCGCAGACGAAAAAUGCCUCGGUGCAGGCCAGCUUCCGGUUUGUUGUGGACAGCCGUUCAGUGGCUAUACAGACCGAGGAAAUUCGCAUUGAUCAACGACCUGUCAAGCUUCCUGCCAGUCUUUUGCCUUCUGCUAUUCAAGAUCUACCUAUUCGUGAUCAGGGAGCAUCGGGCAUCAGACGACCGUUCCGCUCUAGCAGUCUCUUCGCGGGCUUCGAACAACUGAGUGACGAGGAAGAUCACAAUGGCCCGGAGCGGGACAUCUUCACGGAUGAUGAGCUUCUCAAUCGGCCCUUUGCAUCAUACACUCUUCGCGGCGGAAAGAUGGUUGAUGCAAAAUCAAGGAUUGGCCUUGAUGAUCUUGGCCUCCCCGAGAUUGAUGAGCAUUUGUCCGAACCCGAGUCACGACCAUCAGAUGUUGGGCGCAGCUCCCGUCCGACCAAUCAAUCGAACGCUACUGCAACGACUUCAUCAAAUCGCCAGCCUACUAUGCGAAAGAUGACCACACAUCCAGCUGGUGCCGCGCGCCAUCAACGAAGUCGCGCUCGCACCCCAAGUGAGCCCAGUCUGGAAAAUGGCAGCGCCGGGUCGAGCGCGGCGCCGCCCUAUCCUGUGCCCAUCCGGUUGAGCUCGCGAAAUGUGCCAACGACCAGCAGCGAAGCGCCGUCGAGCCCGUCGCGUCCCUCGAAUCGGCAAUUCUCGGAUCGUGGUGCGCAAUCUACGAUUGUCCGGCGGCCAACCUUGCGUCGCGUUCGCUCGGCCGCAGCCAUGUCUAACUCAGAUCUUCCCGAACAUGUCGACACACGAUCCUCCCCGGCCCGCUCAGCAUCGUCCUUCAUUCUCGAGAGUCCGACUUUCAAUACUCCUCCCCUGCCCAUGGAUGAGGUCACAAUUCCCCGCCAUCGGCCCAACGUCCAGAAACGGGUGUCGCAGCAGACAGCGCCUUCAGUGGCUGAGAGCCAUGAACGGCCAGAGUCAGUGAGCGUUGUGCAGCCGACGAGCGUGGUUGAUGCGAUAGCGCAAACCAUGGUUGGUGAGUGGAUGUUCAAAUACGUCCGUCGUCGAAAGUCCUUUGGCAUGGGUGAUGGUAAAGACAAUUGGGAAGGGAAGAACCCAGACGAGGUCUCUGCGAACAUUACCAAUAGCGGUGUUCGACACAAGAGAUGGGUCUGGCUGGCACCCUACGAAGGGUCGAUCAUGUGGAGCAGCAAGCAACCGACCAGCGGACCUGCCCUGUUGGGCAAGAGUGGUCGUAAAUUCAAUAUUCAAUCCGUCCUCGACGUCAAGGAUGACAAUCCUUUGCCCAAGGGCACCGCCGGGCCUCCUCCCUUCAGUCGCUCUAUCCUCGUUCUGACUCCUCAGCGAGCUCUCAAAUUCACCGCGCUCACCAUUGAGCGCCACUACGUGUGGCUCACAGCCCUGUCCUUCCUCAGUCACUCCUCUGUCGGUCUUCAUGAUCUCGCUGCCUUUCCCCCGGCACCUCUCGAGGAGGCCGCCGCGCCGCCAUCCCAGGCCGCGCUUCGACGCAAUCCCAUUCGCGACUCCAUUCGAGUUGCCAAGGGCAAACCCCGACCCUUCCCCAAGGGUCAACGAUCAUUCCCAAGCGCGCCUGUUCCAGAGUUACCUUCUGUGGAAGAUUUGGACAUGGCUGCCGAUGCACCACACGUGCCGCGAUUCUCCAACCACAGCAGUCAUCAUCACACACGCAAACGUAGUAACACGGGUCCACGGACCCCCGCACUGCAAGCUAUUCGCAGCUUCUCCAGUCACGGCGCCAUUCCAUCCUCUCACACUGCAGCAGUCCACUCGCACGACCCGCACUUUUCACCCGUGGCUCCCCCGGCCUUGUCAGCGGGAAUCAGGAGUGGACGAAGCAGUAUCAGCCGUACUUCCGAGGGCAGUGGACGCACCGCUUACACGGCGACGAGUAACAUGUUUGACGUUGGGACUGUGCGUAUGGAGGCCUUUAUUGAUCACCACGCCGAGCAGAUCAAUCGGUCACGAGCGGUUCCGUCCACUCGAUCGCGACAUGUGCGCAAGCCAUCCAGUCAAUGGAGCCCUCCGGGGGCGCCAUCUGUGGCUGAGAGUGAAUUUUCAUUUCGAUCAGAUCCAUUCCGAGGCUUCUAG